AUGUCGCAGAUCACCGUGAAAUUAGUUGCCGCAGAGUCACUGUACAAGAGAGAUGUCUUUCGUUCGCCAGAUCCAUUCGCUGUACUGACAAUUGAUGGUUCGCAAACCAAAUCGACCGCAGCGGCGAAGAAGACGCUAAAUCCGUAUUGGAAUGAGACGUUUACAUUUACAGGGGUGAACGAAAAUGGAAUUUUGACGAUCCAGGUUUUUGACCAGAAGAAGUUCAAGAAGAAGGAUCAGGGGUUUUUAGGUGUGGUGAAUGUACGCAUAGGUGAUGUACUUGGCCACUUGGAUGAGGACACGGCCACGCGUGCUGGACGCCGAGAAGAGACCAUCACGCGUGACUUGAAGAGGUCUAAUGACGGAAUGGCAGUUAGCGGCCGGUUGAUUUUGGUGCUGACUACAGUGCAAUCGAGUGGUCGCGCGGGGGCUGCAGCUAAUAAUCGCGUUUCAAGUACUGCCAACAGUUCAGCUGCGGCGCCUGCAACUCCAGAUGCGACAUCAUCGGCGCAAACGGUCGCGAAUACGCUCCAAAGCGGGACUACAGCAGGAACUACUUCGUCUGCCUCGAACACUACAAGGCAGUAUUCUUCCUUCGAGGACCAAUAUGGCAGGCUUCCUCCUGGCUGGGAAAGAAGGACCGAUAACUUCGGACGUACCUACUACGUGGACCACAACACAAGAACCACUACUUGGAAAAGACCAACCUUGGAUCAGACAGAAAGUGAACGUGGAGAUCAGAUGAAUGCAAACACGGAACUGGAACGGAGGCAACAUCGUGGAAGAACUCUGCCAGGAGGUAAUGGCUCAGAAACAUCGUCAUCGAUCACGGUUCAGUCAGGUAGCAGUCCUGCCAACCCAACUGUCAACGGUGCUGCUGCUGCUGCCUUUGCGGCCACUGGUGCUACAACUUCCGGUCUAGGCGAACUCCCACCUGGCUGGGAACAACGGUUUACUCCAGAAGGUCGUGCUUAUUUUGUCGAUCAUAACACUCGUACAACAACUUGGGUUGACCCACGCAGGCAGCAAUACAUUAGAACAUAUGGUCCUACAAAUACAACCAUUCAACAACAACCCGUGUCACAGCUUGGACCCCUACCUUCGGGCUGGGAAAUGAGGCUGACAAAUACCGCGCGUGUAUACUUUGUGGACCAUAAUACCAAAACAACUACCUGGGACGAUCCACGUUUGCCAUCCUCCUUAGAUCAGAACGUCCCUCAAUAUAAACGUGACUUCAGACGGAAAGUCAUCUACUUCAGAUCUCAACCAGCUUUGAGAAUUCUGCCGGGUCAAUGCCACAUUAAAGUACGCAGAAAGAAUAUUUUUGAAGAUGCAUACCAAGAAAUCAUGAGACAGACGCCAGAGGAUUUGAAGAAGAGAUUAAUGAUUAAAUUCGAUGGUGAAGAGGGUUUGGAUUAUGGUGGUGUUUCCAGAGAGUUCUUUUUCUUACUUUCACAUGAGAUGUUUAAUCCAUUCUACUGUUUAUUCGAGUAUUCUGCACAUGAUAAUUAUACCAUCCAGAUAAAUCCUAAUAGUGGCAUUAAUCCUGAACAUUUGAAUUAUUUCAAGUUCAUUGGAAGAGUAGUAGGAUUGGGUGUAUUCCAUAGAAGAUUUUUGGAUGCUUUCUUCGUAGGAGCUCUAUACAAGAUGAUGUUGCACAAGAAGGUGGUUCUACAAGAUAUGGAAGGUGUGGAUGCCGAGGUUUACAACUCUCUCAAGUGGAUCUUGGAGAAUAGUAUAGACGGUGUCCUAGAUCUGACGUUUAGCGCAGACGAUGAAAGAUUUGGUGAAGUCGUCACUGUUGAUUUGAAGCCUGACGGACGGAACAUAGAAGUAACAGAUGAGAAUAAGAAAGAAUACAUUGAGUUAUUUACUCAGUGGAAGAUAUACAAUCGUGUUGAAGAACAAUUCAAGGCAUUUAUGGAUGGUUUCAAUGAACUCAUUCCUGAGGAUCUAGUUAAUGUCUUUGACGAACGCGAACUUGAGUUACUCAUUGGUGGUAUCGCCGAGAUUGACGUUGAAGAUUGGAAAAAGCAUACCGAUUACCGUGGAUACCAGGAAUCCGACGUCACCGUCAAGUGGUUUUGGAAAGUCAUAUCGGAAUGGGAUAACGAACAAAAAGCUCGUCUGCUGCAGUUUACUACAGGUACUUCUCGUAUUCCAGUCAAUGGUUUCAAGGACCUGCAAGGUUCCGAUGGGCCUAGAAGAUUUACCAUCGAAAAAGCAGGUGAAAUUCAACAACUUCCAAAGUCUCACACCUGUUUCAACAGAGUUGAUUUGCCACCAUAUCCUGAUUAUGAAACCUUGAAGCAAAAGUUGACGCUUGCGGUCGAAGAAACUAUUGGUUUUGGCCAAGAAUGA